CAUCAACAUGGCCUCCCUCAGAUCCUCCGCCUUCCAGUCCUUGCUGAGGAGCCGCAACUCCUUCCUGCACUCCCAGCAGAAGCGCUGGGCCCAGGUCCACGAUGUCCGCUUCCUGGCCACACACCACGACCCCAACCAGGUCCUGGAGAGGUACCGGUCCAAGCUGAAGGAGAAAGCCCACCAAGAGGGCCACGAAAACGUCGACUCCCUGAAAGAAGCUUACCAGGACAAGAUCGACGAUCUUCGCCCUCGCGCCGCCACUGCUGCCAAGUCAACCGGCAUCAAGCCCCUCGACUCCUUCAUUGACGUCGAGAAGGUGCGCCACCUCCCGCCCAAGGAAAUCGAAGCCAUCUGGCGUCUCCGCCACGCUGGUAACUCUCAGUCCAUCUGCGCCGUCAUCCCCGUCGAAACCUACCAGCGCAUCGCCUCCGUCGCUCGCCAGAACCCGCAGUUCAUCCUGCCCCUGCCCCGCACACAACCCGCGGAGGGCGAAAGCGAUGCACCGGAGAACACCGGCGUCGGCGCGGACAUCCAUUUCCUCCAGUGGGCCUUCCACCCCCCGGCUUCGGCCCCGUCUACGACCGCAUCCCCCGGUUCUCUGGCCAAUGCGCACACCUCCACGAUUAUCUUCACCCCGCUUGCCGCCUACAAGCUGCACGGCUCCUUCGCGCAGCCGCACACAACCAUUACGCACCAUCUGGAUCUUGCGGAUGACAAGGGUCUGGUUCUCAUGCAUGGACAGGUGAUGCCGGACUCCGGAGUGUCGAGCUCGGAGGCUAGCUGGUUGGUCAGCUGUGUCCAACGGUUCUAUGACUUCGAGGGCCAGGCUAGUGGUCGGAAGGGAGAGCUGCUGCGCAUGUUCACCCAGGGUGACGUACAGGGCUUCAAGAUUGAGGACCUGCUGGCGGAGGCGGAGAAGUUGUAGGCUCACUUUUUUUUCGCCUGUCUUUUGUGGAUAGAUUGUAUUAUAUAUGUUUCCGAUG